AUGGUGACCAGCCCCACGCCCACUUCUCCAGAUUUCCCAGAUACAAACACACCAAGCCAAAAAGGACCAGCCAGUAGAGCCUGUGACCGAUGCCGUCGGCGAAAAGCAAGGUGUGUCCUCAGAGACUUGGAUGAUCGCUGCAAUAGCUGUAGGGAAUCAGGGGCUCGAUGCACCUUUGAUCUCCCCAUUUCCCGCCGAGGCCCCAAAGCCCGGACAAGGAAGUCUCGAUCUCAAGGUCGAGGUCAAGGACAAACGGGGGAAAAUUCAACGACGGAACUAACUGCGUCCGCCAGCAAUGACUCGUCCGCUGGCUGGGAUUCUAGUGCCGUUCAUCUUGGGCUUUCGCCUUCUUUGAUGGUCAGCCCUGUGUCUGUGUCUGUAUCGAGUGACGCGACGACUAGUCAACAACGAUGGCAGGACUUAUCGGGAGCAUUGGCUUUUAUCACGAAUGAUUUGCAUCAUUUCGUGACCCAAUGCUUCGACCUAUUCUUCGAAUAUCUCUAUCCACUCACGCCUCUGGUGCAUGAGCCAAGUCUCCGCGAUUCUCUGUCGUAUUUUACGCAGUUCCCAAUAGCCCGUGGCACGGGGCUUUUGGAGUUAUGGCCAGAAACGACCUUCACUCUAAUAACAGCCGUUUGCGCUGAAGCCGCAUUUCUACUGCCAAAAGAUCUUUUUCCAGAGGGUCAAUCCGUGGCUGACAUCUUUCUCAAUGCCUCGCGGGCUUGCUUGAACCAAUUUCUCGAGGCCGAGUUGGAAAGCCCGAAUGCAAACUCCAUCACUAUCCGAUAUUUUCACUCCAAUUGCCUUCAUGCUGCAGGGAAGCCCAAGUACUCGUGGCAUAUCUUUGGAGAAGCCACGAGACUAGCACAAGUGAUGCAGUUGAAUCUAGAGACUUCGCUCGAAGGUUUGCAGCCUGUCGAAGCCGAGUUGCGCCGCAGAGCUUUCUGGAUUGUUUACAUGGGCGAUAAAUCUGCCGCCAUACUCAACAAUCGCCCUAUUACUAUACAUAAAUUCUCGUUUGAGGCAGGAAUCACCACGGCGUAUCCUUCCGGCAUUGAGGACGAAGCUCCAGUUCUGUCUCCUGGUAACCUCGUAACUAAUUCCGAUGUCGUGAGAAUAACAUGCAUAGAAGGUUUCAAUGCCAACCUGCGUCUAUGGCAAAACGCAUCUGAUCUGUUGUUGGAGCUGAGACUAAUGCACGAUCGAGGGCACCAAGACUUGGGCAUGACAAACCUCCAGUCGUUGCUCGGCGCGCAAGACAAAGAUCGUCUUGAUGAACUUUAUAUCCGCUUCAUCACAUGUCUAGAUGAUCUGCCCCCUUAUCUGCAAUCAUACACGUUCGCUGCCUUAGUGGAUGGCUCAAGAGAAACCGCCAAACAGUUCUUGAUUCAGUGCGCGAACCUCCAAGUGUCAAUCCAUUGCCUCAGAAUGGUCAUUACUCAAAAGCUAGAGAAUUUGCCCUUCUACAAGGCCGAGAUGGGACACUCGGAUCUCCGAAAGACGGAAAUUGCUCGAGAUAUGCUGCGCGUCAUACAAGAAGCACCCUUUUGGUCGCUGCAGGUAAACGGCGAGCCUUAUCUAGUUAACCCUCUACAACUAGGUCGAAAAGAUAAGACUUACUGGAGCAAGUCUUUUGGAGAUUAUACACAGAAAUGGGUCCUCGCCCAUCGCUAUGAGAGCCCGGAGCGAUUUUACAGUCCUGCUCGAUCUCCUUACUCGGCUAGAUUCCAAGGCUUCUGA